AUGUUGGAUUUCCUACCGGAGGAGUUGCAAGUCUGUUACAUCAAUAACAACAACAACAUCAUCAUCAAUGAUAUAAACAAUAAUGUAAACAACAACGACAUCAGCUGUAGUAGCAACAGUCUAUGCAACAGUCUAUGCAACAGUCUAUGCAACAGUCUAUGCAACAUCGUCGACAACGGCGGAGACAACAUCAACAAUAAUGUUUACUGCAAGAUCAACAAAGACUACAACAACGACGACAACAAUUACAGCGACGUUGUUGACAACAAACACAAUUCUGGUAAUUUAAACACAGAUACCAACAGAAAAAUUUUAAAAACCAGCAAAAUUUCUGCUGAAUAUUUUUCUGGCAAAUCCUCGCCGAAUAACUUAAAAAUAAAAUGUGGCGUUCAGAGCGACUGCAGUGGAAGCGGCUGCAUUGCAGGUUCAAUCAUUGAUGAAAAAUAUUUACAAAAACAACCACAACAGCCACAACAACCGCAACAGCCACAACAACAGCCACGACAUCCACAAAUCCUACCGACGAUAACCACUUUGUCAAGUAUUUCAAAGGACCAUAACUUCGGUCCAUAUGAUUUCACUUCAACUUCUUUCGACAAAAACAACAACGACAUCAACAAUUCUUGCAACAGUAACAAUUUCAACAACAAUGACGAUAUAAAGCACAAAAAUGUUAUCCCGAACAGCAAUAACAAAAAUAACAUCUCUAAUAACAACAUAAUUAGAAGCAGCAAAAACACUUUUAACAACCACAACAGCAGCAACAAAGAUGACCACGACAACCGCAUCAGCAACAACCACAACAUCUGUGAUCACUCGGACGCACUAAGCAUUAUAGAUAGUGACCAGACGGAUGAAUCAAACGAUAAUAUCAAUAACAACAACAACAACAAUCACCAAAACAACAACAACAACAAUCACCAAAACAACAACAAUAAUAAUAUUAAUGAACAAGGCAAGAUACACUCCUUAAAGUUGAAAAACGCUGAUGAACGUGUCGUCGAUGUCACAGUCUUAUCUAGGUCAGGUCAAUGGCUUAAUUGGGUCAAGCUGGCCAGCCAAACGGAGAAGCCCAAUGUUAAAGUUGUUUUAUCAGGUAGGUAA